GCCCAAUGAAAUUGAAUUCCACUCCGCUACGGCGUAUAGCACAGGCUUUUGUGAUUGCAACCAAGACGAAGAUUGAUGUAUCAGAAGUGAAAGUUCCGGAACACAUUGAUGACAACUAUUUCCGGCGAUUUACUUCCAAAAAAUCACCAAGAAAAGGAGAUGCGAAUAUUUUUACACAGGGGACAACUGUAAGUCUCUUCUGGAAAAACUUUCUGACUGUUCUUCUUUGCAGUUGUAGUUGUAAGAAAAUAACGCAGAGAACAAAAGCUUAGAA